CUCUUGUCUAAUAUAAUCAACGGUCCAAGGUCCAAUGAAUCGUGAACUGUAGUCUUGGACCCCACAGGGAUCGCGCCCUCUACGUCAAGAUAACGUUCGCAGACACGGUGUUGUAAGAGGUCAGCCAAAGUCACAGCCACGUCCUGGUUUCCGCCCCCAAGAAUAUAGAGUUUCUUUUCUUGUUUAUUGAUGGUCUUAGGUCCUGGCUCUACUUGCGACCCGGCAUAUUUCCUCGUCGUCAACUUUGGUUCUUUAGCUCUGCUUGAUCAGAGACACAGGACGCCAUUCAGCACCAUGUCUGGCGUGCCACCGAAAACACCAUACGCCGAGUCGCGAGGCAGCGCCGACCAGGAGACGAAGCCUCUGCGGACUAACAUAAAAGAGACGGAUGCACGGCAAAAGAACCACCUAUUUGCCCUUUUCCUACUUUUCGUAUAUAUCCCCCUUACUACAGUGCCCUGGGCGUUGACAUGUGUCAUGUCUAAACACCCUCUAGGUACAACGUCGUACCACGUCCCAGGUGGACUUGCUGGCGAGCAGAUCCGCGGCAUCGAGAGAUGGGUAACUGCUAUCCGGGUUCUGAAUUCCAUCAGCAGUGUGGUCACGAUCCCGACGCUUUCCGCUUUACUGGCACAGGCGGCGGUAGUGUACAGCGAAAGCCGCGAGCCGCGGCACGACUUCCAGGUCAAGCAUUUGACCGUCCUCGCUGACCGCGUGUGGACGAACCCGGUUGCGUUGGCGGAAUUGUGGAAAUGGGAGGGGCAGGAGUCGGUGAGGGUUCGGAAUCUGAUUUAUUUUGCUGCUGGGAUGAUUUUGCUUGGUGGGUUGCAACAACCGCUCUACCAGGUUCUUGUCCCCAUCGAACCAAUGCUCGUUCUCAACCACGAUGCCAGGUUCCCGCAAAAUGUUGGAUGGGAGCCCGACCCAGAGGGGAUAUCCAAAACGUUCUUGGAUCCAGUCGUACAGCGACUUAUCCGAGAGAUGGCGAUUGCCAACGUUGAAGAAGCAAAAGCGAACUGGUGGGCGAAUAUGUCGGCGCCAGAGGUGGCUGACCAGAAACUUCCGGACCUGUACAGCGAAAACUUUGUCAGUGCGCUGCCUCAAGGAACGACGACGGGUGUCUUGCGCGAACUCGUUUUGCGCUUUAAUUCAUCCGUAUCUUGUGAGCGUAUCCCGCGCUCCCAGUUCCCGUCCCCAUGUACGGGGGAACGAUCGUUCAACACAUCCUUCACACACGACGGCAACUCCACGCGGGUCUGCGUACCCGGGGAUUUAAUGAUGUCUCCAUGGACGCUGUCCCGUAGCAGACAGGAUAUCGGAGAAGAUUUGUACCUUGAUGUUGUGGCGCAACUUGAAAUGGUUAUAGAUGGGUUUCUGGAGGACUACCCUAUCGACUUCACUCUGCAUUGCAGCGCCACGACGACCCGGGGCUACUUCGAGCCCGGCAACUACUUCAACAACUACACGUGGGGACCAUUGUUAGAGCGCUGGCCCAGCUCCGAAGAACUCAAAGCCUACAACGGCUACCCCCGCACAGAAUCCACCGACUCCCCACGGCAGACACAUUUCAGCACUCUGAUGUACACCCCAGGCCCGCUAGCAACAGCAGCCAUCGCGCUAUUCGGACGCAACACGUUCUUCGACCUAGGCAUCCAAGCAUGGAACGACACCUCGACCAACAAAACGCACCCGUUCAGCUGGGACCAAGUCUGCGCCACCCUCCCCUUCUCGCAAUACGAGUCUCCCCUCCCGCUCAACACGACCGACCAAUUCCCACCAUGCGCGUUCGACGCGAUGCGCAGCAGCGUCGACCAGGGAACAUCGUGGAGCAGCGCCCUCGCCAUCUGGCUCCACGGCUUCAACGACACGGCCGGCGCCACAGAGGUCCUCGGCAUCGCCGUCGCCCUCGCCACCGAAGCGUUCCUGACCCCCGAGACAUAUAAUAAGAUGGGGACGAGCAGGGCUACGGGGCGGUUCAUCUACUCGGGGACGGGGACGACGAUCCACAAGCCGCGAGUCAGUGUGGUCGCUAUGGCUGUGAUUUCUAGCAUCAUAGCCCUCGAGUUGGUUGGGCUGGGGUUGCUUGGUUGGAUUAUCUUUCGCAGCUCUUCGACUGUACGGGCGUUGGAUGCCAUGACGUUUGCUAGUGCUAAGGAACGGAUUGAAGGGAGGUAG